CCUUUUGCCGCCUCCAACCACCAGAGAAGAAAUGGCGAAAUCGAAGAACCACACUGCCCAUAACCAGUCACACAAGGCCCACAAGAAUGGAAUCAAGAAACCCAAACGCCAACGCCACACCUCCACCAAAGGGAUGGAUCCAAAGUUUUUGAGGAACCAGAGGUAUGCAAGGAAGCACAACAAGAAGAGUGGUGAAUCUGCUGGAGACGAAGAGUAACCUUAAAUUGCAAAUUUGCCCAUUACCCAUUUUCUGAUAGUGGGCAAAUGGCAUAUUUGGAUUUUGGGUUUUUUUUUUUCCCUUUUUUUUUUUUAUUGAUUCUAUAGUGAUUAAGUUUUUUUCUUAUAUCUAAUUAUGUUGGCAGUAACUUCACUUUACUAUAGAACCCUUUUUGUCAAUUGAUGUCUGAGCUACUAAAACACAUAAUAUCUUGUUGAAUGUUAUGACAAUUUCCUUCGGGAGUAUAAUUUGAAAUUCAUUGAGCAUAUAGUGAGAGAAUUAUAAUUUGAAAUUCAUUGAGCAUAUAGUGAGAGAAUUUUUCUUU